AAGCGUACUUUGUUUUAAUUUUUCACAUGUACAAAAUUUGUUUGGAUGGCGGUUAUCUGAAAUAUAGCAUACAAACCGCAUAAAAGGAUCAACAUGCAAAUACAUUAGGGACAUAAUGAGACCAGGUGUAACCCCACACCAUGUAUCACCAUUACUACCUUUUCAUCAUGGUGUAACAGAUUAUGAUGCUGGUGUAUUUUCUGGAGUCAGCAGAGAUGGAAAGUUCUUGUGGUUAGUCAGAGGUCCAGUGAUAGAGGUACUAGAUUCAACCUCUAGGAGACGUUUAGCAGCAUGGGCAUUUGGUGUCACUAUCAAAGACACACACAGCUACAUCACAUGUGUCAAAGAAUAUUGCUAUGGCAACAGUCCCAAACUUUUGGUGGGAGUAUGCAAUGCCCAACAGACAAGCAUGUUAUGUGUACUAGACUUGCAGAGCUCAAGGUUAAGCAAGGUCAUUGAAAUACCUCACAAAAUAAAUAGUGUUGAGGUUGUCACUAAUGUAGGAGGAGAUUUUAUUCCAAUGUGGGCUCUAAAUGACCAGCUGAGAUUAUUUGAUGGAAUAAUUGCUGUGGGAACCAUAUCCGGUAUUGUAUAUUUAAUAGAUAUGUGUAUGGAUGAAAAUAUUCAUUCAGAUGAGGUAAUGCCAUCCAAGUUACAGUACAUCACUCCGAGAUCCAGAGACACGGCAGAUCGGCGUAGACAAGCUAUUGCUAAAAGAAAUCACCUUUGUCUUGUAUUAGAUGAAGAAUCCCAUGGCAAUUUAUUUAAAUAUAGAAGAUGUGAUGGCACAGAACUGAAAUCGUUUAAUCCAAGUGAUGUUGUAGUAACAUGUUUAAAGUAUAUACCACAGAUAGGGACCCUGGUUGUAGGGUUUAGUUUUGGAAGCUACCAGUUAUGGAGGCUAAAUGUACCUGUUUUAGAAUACAGUUCAAGAGUUGAAGAAGACAGUGGAUCUGUCCUCAAUGUGGCUUACCAGGAACCAGAAAAUGAUCCUAAAAACUUCUGUUAUCUGUGGAUCAUCAGAGGUUGUGAUUCUGAAGAAGAAGAGAUGAUAUCAUCUGCAGCUCUGUAUCAGCUGGCUUACAACAAGAAGACUUGGUAUAGUAACUAUGGUGCUUUUUAUGAGGAAUUAACCUCUGUCAGUUUGAGAUUUGACCUUGAAAUGACUGCUAACUUAUUCAAUGGUGCUUCUAAUACAACAGUUUCCAGCAGAGCCAUCACAGGAUAUACUUUGGAAGAUCCAAACUACAAACCUCCUGCCAAACUCAAUGAGGAGGAAUCUUUUGAAGAAAGCGUUCAUGGUCCUGAUUUGAGUCGUUGCCUUUUUGUUUGGGAGUCCACAGAAAGCAGUCAGAAAACUUACCAAAUGGCAGUGUUUGAUAUGAACAGAUGGUAUCAUGCUCAGAUGCCAGCUACUCUCAGGGGUGUUGGAGGCAACCUGGCCACUUGUUCAUAUCUGUCGAUACACUCUCUGGACGAGGCUGUUAACAACUCAGCACAUGACGAAUUGUUGGCUGUACAUAUCUUUACAAACAGCUUGAGGAAAUUUAUCAACACAUCUCCUCUGCCACCAGAACAGCACUUUUAUCCUGCAUCUCUGGCAUUUGACGCUUUGUUGAUAAUGGAUUCUGGUUUAAUGAAAUGUCAUUUCCUUGGUACACAGAGACAGGUUUUAGCUAGCAUUGAGAAGAUAGGACCAUCAGUCUUACUAAACUGCAAAGAACAGUAUAAUUUGUGUAUCUUAAUGGGCUUACUGCCUCGUCCAUUAGACAUUUCAUCUCACAACCCCACAACAGCACAGAUGAGGGAGCAGUUAUUGACAAUGGCCUUAGAAUAUAACAUGUUACCUUUUCUAAAUAGAUGUAUACAAGACUGGUCCCCAGGAGAAUAUGUUCAUCAUGGUUGCACAUUGAAGUUUGUUUUAGACUGGGCAUGGAGUCGUGUGGUACAUCUUAAAAAUACAAUAGAUAAUACAUGUUCACCUUUGUAUGAUUGGUCAGUGGUUGUUUUAGAUGCCAGAUCAAUGCUGACAUUACAUCAUGCGUAUCAGAAACUGUCUCAUCUCGCAGCAAUUUUUAGACAUCUGCUAAAUCAAGGAUUAUCAACCACUGAGCAAGGUUUUAUACAGUUACAGAGCAAGUUGAGUGUGGUUCUGUAUAUCAGUCAGCAUUUGAAGGUAGUGAUGUGGUUUGUCAGAGCAGGACUUUUACCAGAACAUGAUGAGUUAAAUGAGCAUUUACUGCCAGGGCAAUACAGCUACCCAGCAGCUAAUUUGGUGCAGGCCUUUGAACAUCGGAGACAGGAACUCCAGAAACUACACCAUGAUAUUGGUGAAACAGAUUUACUACUAGUUGAUGGCAUGGUUAAUAGCAUGGGUCCUGCUGUGAGAGACUUGUGGAUUAAGGAAGGUGGAAGUGGAUUGUAUCCACCACCAAGUUUACAUGCACUACUUAAUGUAUACCUUCUGGAAGGGAUAGACUUAACAAUGAAGAAUGCUUUAGUGCUGUACUCUUUGUUAGACCUGGUGUCACUUGUGGACCCUAUACAACAUGAACAAUUUUCUCAGAAGAUUAGUAAGUUUACUAAGUCACAGUGUAUCCCGAUAUCUGUAGUCAAACUAGUUCAAGGAUUUUGGCUGUUGGAUCAUAAAGACUUUGAGGAAUCCAUGGUUGUUAUGCUUGACCCUUUAGUGACCAGGAGCUUGGGUGAAUGGCAACAUUAUAGAAUCAUAAGGUCUUUAUUAUACCAAGGAGACUGCAAAAUGGCAUUGCGAUAUAUUACUUAUAAGCAAUCACCAUUAUCAUCACCAGAGGAAGUCAAAAUAAAACUGACAGUAUUGUUAGCUAACGGAUUAACAGCUGAGGCUCUAGAGUACCAGAGAACAUACAGAGAUGAAGAUAAUAUGGAAGAUAUGUUACAACACCUGUUUCAAGGAUGUCAACAAACUAAAACUAUGGAUCAGCUACUGCAGCUGCCGCUGACAGAAAAUGAGGAACGUCAGCUGAUUAGAUAUCUUACUGAUAGUAAAGAACCACACUCCCUAGAACUACUGGUUUUACACUACCUACAGAGGGCUAGAUAUGUAGAGGCCAUACAACUCAACGAGAAGUUAAAACAUGCAGUAAUUUUUGAGCCAGCGUCCAAAGCUCGUGAGAGAGCAUCAGCGAGAAACGCCAUGGUAGAUGGUUUCCUUUCUGUUCUUUCUGCAGUGCAGAGAAAAAUGGUGUUUGAAAAUCAAAGUAUACCAAAGAAAAAAACUGCCAAACUAAGAGAAGUGAAGAAGCCACAGCCAUUGUCUACAACAGUUACAAAGAACAGUCAUGCUAAAAUUGUGUCAAGGUCAAAUCUUUUCCUGGAGAUCUUAGAAAGGGUUCAAGAAGUUAAAUUUGAAGAUGAGGCUGAAACAAAUGACCAAGAAGAGUCCAAAGUUGGACCAUUUGUGUGUACCCCUGUUACACCAAGAACAAGGUCUUUCUUUGGACACAAACAGCCAGUUGUUUACAUGGCACAACAAGAAAGUACACAGACGACAUCACCAUCAACAUGGCAACCACCUGUGCAAGCUGCAGUUACUCCUUAUAAUCUGUCGAAAAUGAUGUCACCUGUGUCGACUAAAAGAAAAGGCAAGAUAUGUGGUGCUGAUGCUUUGAGUAUGUUACAGACACCUGUACCACAGAGGAAGUCACUUUCAAGGUCAAGGACAUCAUCAUCAGUACCAGCUACUCCUCAGUCUAUACUUAAAGUCCGUCAGUUUAUUUCCAACAAAAGUCCACAGAUUUCUCCACCAGAGUCCAUGACAAAAGUUUGUGAAGAAGUACCAGUCAUAUCAGCACCUGGAACUCCUCGGUCUGUUUCCUUCCGAGAAGCUACAAUACAGGGUACACCAAAACAACUAAGAUUUAUGGAGCCACAGGCUGAGGUCACAAAGGUCAAAUCACCGCAAUCAUCUACAAAAGGUCACAAGUCAAUAUUGAGGUCACCACCAAGUCCAAAAUCAGUGAAAGAUAGAAGCCCAACUCCAGAAAGCAUAUCAAGGUCACCUAAACAUAAAUCAACGUUAGAUAUUCUACAGAGACCACCACUCCACAACACGGAGCGUCCUUAUACUAGCCAUGAACAACCAUCACUUGAGGAAGACACAGAAACUGAUGAUAGUGUCAUGAUAGUGGACAGCGAAAUUACAUUUAAUUGUUCUAAGAAGUCUGAAUCAGAGGGGGAGGGUAAAGACAGCAGUACCGAGGAGUUUGAUGAACGACCAAAUAUCCUAGCACAUCCUCCAGCCCCUCCUGCUCAAGUAACUUCUCUAAAAAAAUCUGUGAUGCUGACUAGUCCUGUUAAACUUAAACAUAGUCCACUGAAAACUACCGCAGCACCAAGAUCUCCUACGGUCAAGUUAACAAAAUCACCAGCGAGAGGAAUGAUGCCACCAAAAUUUGAAUUCCCAGAAAAGGAUAUAUCAGAACAAGACCGUAGCCCUCGUGUGAAAUUUGCCGAGAUAGACAGCGGAAAUAGUCGACCGUUAGAAACAGCUACUCAAUCAGAUGAACCAAUAGAAAUUGAUGACACUGAUGAGGACGAUGUUAACCCUAAUAACGAAAAGGUGGUUUCAUUUGGUGUAGUUGAAGAACACAGAGAUUCUAUACAUGAGAUUGAUGAUAGCUUGUCUUCAGAUGAAGAUCUUGAUGACAAAAUUAACGAGAUUGAAAACAGAAUAACUGAUCUUGUUCAGCAAGAGGAAAUAGAGGAGUAUGUGGUGGAGGACAGAGAACUGAAACCACAGAAUUUGUUUAAAAAGAAAGAUAGAUCAGUUUCGAUAAGAUUUGUUUCUCCAGAUAGUAGUUCGGGUAUACAGGAAAGCAUUCAAGUUUGCGAUGAAAGUGUUUCUGAUGAUGUUACUAGCUCCGAUAAAGAGGAGACUCACAUUUCAUCGGACGAAAAUAUACCUAUAGUUUUAUCUUCUUAUGAGAAAGAGGAGGACUCGUCAGUUUCUGAAGGUGAAGCCAAAGUUACAACUACUGGGGAGGAUGAAAAUUUACAUCUAGAGUUGAGUGAUGAGAAUGAGAUUAUGGAUGUAGAUGAUGGGCAGAUUCCUUCAGAGGUAAAGGUGUCGGGUCAUUCUGAUUCUGAAGCAGCCCUGAUCAAUGUCUACUCAAAUUUUGUUGAUUCUUUGUCAAAAGAUGCUAUGGAGUCAGAAGAUAAAUGUGAAGAUGAGAACCAGCUACAAGCAACUGGUAUUGAGGUUGAGGAAAAAGUUACUACACCUCUUAGUGACCAGCUAAAUGAUGAAUAUGCUACUAAUAUUCACAAUGCUGAGGAACAGAUUGAGAGUGAUUCACUAGGACAGGACAACAAGGAACCAGUCAAAGUAGAAGAUUCAGAAUUGCCUCCAUUGACAGAAAUAGAGGAAAAUUGUUUCGAUGAAAAACGUCUUUCUACUUUGUUAGAAAAUGAAGAUGACGAUAAUUUAGAAGAUGACGUUAAUUCUGAUGGAGAAGUUUUAGAGAAGAGGUCACCUUAUAAAACUUUCCAUCCUCACAAACCUCGAACAAGGAGUGAUUCGUUGUCGGAAGAGCCAGAACUACGUAGAUCAUCAAGACGUUUGUCCUCAAUGUCAAUAGUUGAAGAGGCAGAAGCUGCGUUGCCUGUCCCUAAAUCACCAGGUCGUAAAAAAAAAGGAGAAGUCAUCAUAGAACCACUUAAGUCUCCAGGAAGAAAAAAAAGUGCUCUUAACACUGAAUCUGAGCUCAAAGAGAGUGGCAUUGUAAUUAAAUCUCCUGCUAGAAGAGGUAGAAAAGGUCAUCAGGAUGAGAAUGCUAUUUCAAAAUCUCCUAGUCGUAGACAGAGUCUUAGAAUUGCUGAAAGUGUUCAAAUAGAAACAGCAAAAUCACCAAGCCGUAGAAAAGGCACAAAAAAAGAGGAAGACGAAAAUUUAGAAUCUCUAGAAUCUAAAGAGCAAGGUGUUUCUAAAUCACCAGGUCGCAGAAAAAGUGUUAAAAAUGCGGAAGAUUUGGAAAUUAUGAAAUCACCCGGUCGUAGAAAAAGUAUCAGAAAUGUGGAAGAUUCAAAAGUAACUAAAUCACCAGACAGUGUUCACACUGAUGAAGAGGACUUAGAAAAAGUGCAAUCACCUAGUCGUCGUAGAAGUACAAAAAUUGUUAACUAUAAAGGAAUGACAUCACCAAGCAAUAGGAGGAACAAGAGUAAAUCACCAGAACACUCACAAAAAGAAAAAUCUGUUUCGAAAUCUCCAGGGAGAAGAAAAAGUUUCUUAAAAGAUGUUGACAAAAUUGAAGAAAGUGAGUCAUCAGUUCCAAAAUCUCCUGGGAGAAGAAAAAGUAUUUUAAAAGAUGUCGAAGAAAGUGAGUCAUCAGUGUCAAAAUCUCCUGGAAGAAGAAAAAGUAUUUUAAAAGAUGUUGACAAACUUGAAGAAAGUGAGUCAACAGUUCCAAAAUCUCCUGGGAGAAGAAAAAGUAUUUUAAAAGAUGUUGAUAAAAUUAAAGAAAGUGAGUCAUCUGUUCCAAAAUCUCCUGGGAGAAGAAAAAGUAUUUUAAAAAAUGUAGACAAAAUGGAAGAAAGUGAAACAACAGUUUCAAAAUCUCCUGGGAGAAGAAAAAGUAUUUUAAAAGCUGAAGAUGAGUCCAACAGCAUCCUUAAAUCUCCUGGAAGGAGAAAAAGCAAUAUUGUAGAAAACACCAAGUCUCCAGGAAGAGGAAGAAAGAAAGGUGUGAAGAUUGUAGAUGAAGAUAAUGCUGACAGUGAUAAAUUGGUGUCUGAAAACGAUACAAAUACAGAAGACAAUGACAAAAUUAAUGUGAAGAAAUCACCCAGUAGGAGGAAAAAGAGGGAAGAUUCAUUUACAGAGGUUAAGUCUCCUUCUAGGAGAUCAGUAGCAUCGAGACAAUUGUCGGCUGUUUCUGAUGAAAGUUUGUCGUCAAGGAGGUCAUUAAGGUCACAGUCACCUAUGUUUGAAGAUGAGGAUGAAAUUCCUACAGAAGUUGGAGAUCAGCAGAAAGAACAAAUGCAGUCAGAUGGAGAAAUACUGACCCCACCAGAUUCAGAAAUGGAUUCACCAAGUAAAAGUAAGAAGAGUACAGUAACCCCAACAAGAGGUCGUAGAGGUAGACAAUCAACUACUGCUUCCAGACGGUCAAAGAGAAAUGAGGAUAAAACAGAGACAUCUGAUUUAUCUGAAACAGAGUCUGAAGAAGUACAACCUGUGUUCUCAUUUUCUAAUCCAAUGGAAGUUGAUCUCCCAACUGAAGAUUUUACCAAGGUUAAAGAGGCAUCAGAAGUUCAGUCUUUCAUUUUUUCACCUCCAGCCCCACCACGGACACGGAAAUCAAGUUUCCAUGAAGACACUUCACAGCUUGCUGCUCAAGAACAUUCAAUUUUGCUACCUUCAACAUCAAGGGAGCAAACUCCAAUUAGGUCAAGGGAGGGAACACCAGUAAAAUCUGUUUCAAAAAGAGGCAGGCGACGAAAAGGGUCAUCAGAAUCAGACGUUUCUAUUCCACUUUCGAUUCCUGAGGAACCUCCAGGCACUACUACAGAAGAAACUGAUGUGCAAUCAGAAAGUGAACCUCCUAUUAAAAAAGAGAAAAAAUCAAGAAGGAAGAAGAAACUUUUAAACUAUGAUGAGGUCAACUUAAUUAGUCCAAUUAAAGAGGAAGAAGGUGAAACAGAGGUAGAGAGACCUUUGACCCGACAAAGACUAAGACGUACACAGGAAAUGCCAAUUUUGACAUUGCGUGGAGCAAAAGGAACUGGGGCAUUGCCACGAAAAAAACGUGUGGCUAAGCUUUGGUGAUUUUGCAACUGUUUUUAAAAAAAACAUUCAAUUGUACUACAAAAUAAGAAUUUCAAGUGCGAGUAGAUAAUAUGUAUGUCUGAGAUAUGGACUGGUGAUCUCAUGCAAUCCCAGGAACUUUUUUUUAUAAACAGUCAGUAUCAAUUUUGAAUGUGUUUUACAUUAUAUGAAAUGCAUUGCAAGUUUUUGUCAUUGUCUUUCCACCCACAUUACUGAAAAUUUGCUGUGCUUGAUAAUAUUUUAGCUCACCUAAUGAUUGUGUGAGCUUUUUGUGUCAUUACAAUCCUAACAACAUACUUUACCAGAAUCAAUCAUUCUGAAGUAGUGAUGCCUAACCCCUGUAAAGGGUAUCCUUUGACAUAACUGCACUUUAAACAAACAUUAUUCAAUAUCUACAUAUCACAAUGAUUUCUAGCUCACCUUGCCAAAGGCAGUUUGCUGUAACUUGAUAGCACUCAUCCCACAUCUAAGGAUCAUUAAAGACGCUUUUAAAUUCUUGUUCCAAGGACUAUUAAAAGAAAUUAUUUGAAAAGAUUCUUUUGGCCUGUAUUAGAAAUUCUUGCACCAUGGAUGAUUCAGUUAGCCUUAGUCCCGUUUGAUCAGAAAAAAUGCCAUCUUGGAGAAAUGAAGGCCCCUUUUUCUAAUGUCCAGAAUCUGCCCCUGUUCUAGGCUUGGUAGUAAUUUUUUUCUAAUCUGAGCUGUUGGGUCUAUUGCUAAGCAUGAAGACUUGACUUGAUAGUUUCUUUGUAUAGUAUUUACUGUAUGUUGUGUAGCAUUGUUGCAAAUCGGCAAGUAUGACAACUAGGAUGAGAUAUGAUUAGAAUUUAGAGCUGUUAGUGAGAUAAAUUAAAAAAUCUAAGAGAGCCACUCAAUUGUGUUCAUUUCCCAAUUUAUAAAAAAAUAUGGUUUAUAGGGUUUAAGUGACAUAUAAGCCAAUGAUUGGUUCUUUCAUAUUUGUAUAUUAUUGUUACACAAAGGAGUAGGGGCAAUAAGGCCCUUAUUUGGCCCAACUAUUACUGCAAAUUUAAAAGUUAUCCUACAUAUUCUUAAAUUUGUUCUAACUAGACUAAGGUACCAGGUAUUCAGAAAAUAAAAACAUAUUUGACAUUUAACGAGUAACCAUGGUAACAAACCAUUGCGAAUUCUUAUAUUUUGUAAAAUUUCUCGAUUUUCCUUGUUUUUCAUCAAAUUUUAAGUAUAUUUUAGAUUGGCAAAGUAUGUGCACGUCCAAGAAACAACUUCAUAUUUGGUGAGAUUAUGUCAUUAGUUAUAAUAAAGCUUCUCUUAAAUUAUUUUGUUGUUUCUUGGCUGCGCGCGAUGUUUCCACAAUGGAAAUAAUGAUGGAAAACUGCUUAAAUUCUGUAUUUUUCGUCAUUUUCAUGAAAACGGUACAUAUUAUGACGUAAUUGUGAUGUCAUCAGAUAAAAAAUCUUAUGUUUUUCAUUUAUAUUUCUUGACUCUAUGCAUUUCUUAACAUUAUAUGCCAAUUUGGUAUAGUUGUCAAACAUUUUAUUUUCUUGGGCCAAAACCUGACCUUAAUGCCCCUACUCCUUUAUUAUAUGAAUAAAAUUUUAAAGGAUUACAUCUUCAUCUUAUAAGUGCUAACUAGUCAAUUACUUUGACCUCUGUUUCAAUGUUCUGUGAACUUAAUGAAAUAAAUUACUGCAGGUUUUUUUGUCAAAUGAUGUUCUGAUAUAUGUGAACAAAUAAGAAGUGUCAACAUUAGUUAAUUGUAUGUUAUGAACUAUAUUAUUCAUUUUGCUCAUGCAUAAAUAGCUGUCUUGAGAAGACGUGUCCCCUUUAUGAAACACAUUAAAAAAUUAUAAUAAGAAAAGUAGACAUACAUUGAUGAAAAAUGGUAACAUUAUUUAUCAUGUUUGUGUAAUAUAUGUCUAGAAUUUUUUUGUAAAUAGAUAUAAGAAGAUGUGGUAUGAGUGCCAAUGAGACAACUCUCCAUCCAAGUAAAAAUUUAUAAAAGUAAACCAUUAUAGGUCACAGUACGGUCUUCAACACGGAGCCUUGGCUCACACCGAACAGUAAGCUAUAAAGGGCCCCAAAAAAUUACUAGUGUAAAACCAUUCAAACCGGAAAACCAACAGUCUAAUCUAUAUAAAAAACGAGAAACGAGAAACACUUAUGAACCACAUCAACAAACGACAACUACUGAACAUCAGAUUCCUGACUUAGGACAGGUGCAAACAAAUGCAGCGGGUUUAAACGUUUUAAUGGUACCAAACCUUCACCCUUUUUCUGAAACAAUAGUGUAACAUCACAACAUAGAAAGACACACUAUAAAAUAAGUCUGUAUUUAUAAAAAGUCUGUGUUUUGCUAAUGUAUAAGACUGAAUUGUCCCACAGUCAAUAGCUUUUGAUAAAACAUUUGUUUUGAAAUCUGACACUCAAAGGUAUAUGCAUUUACUUCUUGAACAAGUUCUUCAUUUAAAAAUUUUGAUCUCAGAUCAUUAAUGUCUAUUUUACAUAUAAAUGUGAAAUUAUUGUAAUUUUUGGAAAACAUUUUCAGGAGUUCACACCAUUAAUUAUUGUCAAUGGAGAAAUAUGUUGUUGUUAUGUCCAAAGAAAAGUUAAUGAUAAUAAACUGAUAUAUUGUG